ACCAAUUCUUCCAUACAAGAAUAUAUUCGAACUCUCUGCCCUACCACAAAUAUAAUCAGAUUUGGGUGCAGAAAAAUCGCGACCUAGGGUUUCUAUUUUCCCCCCUCUUUUCUCCGCGCGACAAGAAAUUCUCCCGUAAUUCUCCCCUCCGGCGACUCUCAGCUAAGCAAUAUGGCGGCGGCGUCGGGGAUUCAGAGAGGCGGUGGAGGAGGGCGGCGAGCUAUGGACGAAGACGACGCUAAGCUCGUAUUCGAGACUUCGAAAGGGGUGGAGCCAAUCAUGAGCUUCGACGAGAUGGGGAUAAAGGACGACCUCCUCAGAGGAAUCUACAACUACGGAUUCGAGAAGCCUUCCGCCAUUCAGCAGCGUGCUGUUCUUCCUAUUAUCUCCGGCCGUGACGUCAUCGCUCAGGCGCAGUCCGGUACGGGAAAGACUUCCAUGAUUGCCCUUGCUGUUUGCCAAAUUGCCGAUACCAAGUCCUCAGAGGUCCAAGCCUUGAUACUGUCACCUACAAGAGAGCUGGCUGCCCAGACAGAGAAAGUAAUAUUGGCAAUUGGUGACUUUAUAAAUAUACAAGCUCAUGCUUGUGUUGGAGGUAAAAGUGUCGGUGAGGAUAUUAGAAAAUUAGAGCAUGGAGUUCAAGUGGUGUCGGGUACUCCAGGCAGAGUUUGUGACAUGAUCAAGAGGAGAACUUUACGAACUAGAGCAAUCAAACUAUUAAUUCUGGAUGAGUCUGAUGAAAUGCUGAGCAGAGGGUUUAAGGAUCAGAUUUAUGAUGUUUACAGAUAUCUUCCGCCAGAGCUUCAGGUUGUCUUGAUCUCUGCCACCCUUCCAAAUGAAAUAUUGGAAAUCACAAGCAAGUUCAUGACUGAUCCUGUUCGGAUUCUUGUAAAGCGUGAUGAGUUGACCCUCGAGGGCAUCAAGCAAUUCUUUGUCGCUGUAGAAAGAGAAGAAUGGAAAUUUGACACUUUAUGCGAUUUAUAUGAUACCCUCACAAUUACCCAAGCUGUUAUCUUCUGUAACACAAAGCGGAAGGUGGAUUGGCUGACAGCAAAAAUGCGUGAGAAUAACUUUACAGUCUCUUCUAUGCAUGGAGAUAUGCCACAAAAAGAGCGAGAUGCAAUUAUGGCGGAAUUUCGGUCUGGCCAGACCAGAGUUCUUAUCACAACAGAUGUUUGGGCUAGGGGACUGGAUGUUCAACAGGUAUCUUUGGUGAUUAAUUAUGAUCUUCCAAACAACAGAGAGCUUUACAUCCAUCGCAUCGGAAGAUCCGGCCGUUUUGGGAGAAAGGGUGUUGCCAUAAAUUUCGUCAAAAGUGACGACAUCAAAAUCCUAAGAGAUAUCGAGCAAUAUUACAGCACACAGAUCGAUGAAAUGCCAAUGAACGUGGCUGAUCUAAUUUAACCCAUCUUAUGGAAGAUCUUGGUUUUUUAUUACUUAUGGCUGUCUGGGCCUGUCCAUACUAGGAAACUGCUGGACUUGUGCUGGUUUUCAUUUUCGGUUUGCUGAGUGAGCGUAUGUGGAUUUUCGGUGUUGUGUUUUAGAAGUAAAUACUUUGGUCUAAUUUAAGUUCUCUACUUUAUAGUUUGGAUCUUUCACCCACUCGCGAUUUUCUGGGGUGAACGUUAAACGACUAUUCACAUGUAUUUCGUUUGAUUGAAAUAUUUAAUUUCAGCCACUGGCUUUUGGAUUGAAACUAUGCUUGUAAUGCUUGUUUACAUUUUUAAUCUUUUUUUUUUUUGGUUCUC